AUGCGCUGGCUCUUCGAUCACAGUGACAAACGCGAAUACUUAAUUUCAAGCCAUAAUGCACUCUCUGAAGCUUAUCCAUUCAAUCAUCUGGUUCCCAGUGACCAGUUGGAUGAUUCCUUACUGCUCGGACAGAACUUGGAAUGUGAAGCUAGUGAUGAGUUUGAAGCAGGUCACGGCCGACCCGAAGAUUCACUGAAGAACAUGCUCAGUGACAAAGAUCCCAUGUUUGGAUCUGCUAUUGCCCAGUUUCAUCUCUUAGAAAACGAAGAUGUCAGUUUUAAGCUUGGGAGCUCAACAGAUGCAGAUCAUGACAUGACAACAGCAGGUGUUAGUCAGAGUCCAUCUGAUGGACAACACAGUCAGUCUAGCUUCUCACAGGGCAGAAGACAUGCAGGUCAUUCACAGAGAAGACAAACAGCGAGCCGCGGUCGAGUCAAAGGCAGGCGCCCAGGUCCUGCACGAAAAGCAGCCGAGUGUAACAAGCAAGAGUCAACAUGUAGCAGAAACCCGGUUGGAGAUAAAAGCCUUGAUGCAAAAAGGGAAGCCCUGCUCAGCCGUCGUUUUGGAAUCCAUGAGGUCGACUCCUCUUUGAAUCCAGUAGUUGUGUUACGCCGAUUAACUGUUACUGUGGGGGGCUAUAAAAUUGAACUACUUCCUGGCCCGUCGCAUGCGUUUGGAUCGUUUAGCACAAGUGCUCUUCAGUCUCUGGGCUUCCAGGAUGACUGCAUCACUGCUGAUGGCCUUGCACUCGAUUUGGGACAAAAUCAAGAUGAUGGCACACAAGAAGUUGUUAAUUCUGCGCAAGAUGUUGUCAGGGAAGUGAGCGUUGGCCCAUCAACUAGUGAAGACAUGCCUAUGGAUUUUGGGCCAUAUGUGAACCCUAAUGAAGUACAAGACACUAACAGCACCAUGUCGCUCAAGCCCAGUGUGGAAAACGCCACACCAGCAGACGCCAAAAAGAAUGACCAAAUCAAGACCCGAAAGCUACGUGCACAAAAAACAGGGAACAAGAACGGCACGGCAGUUCAACCUGCAGUCAAAAAGCUUCUGAAACACAAACGGGUUCUGUCUGCUGCCAAAAACAAACCAUCUCAUCUCACCAGGCCAGGGCUCUUGCAGAAAGUAUCCAGACAUCCCAGAGAUAAAAAGCUACAUACGAGCCGCCCAGAAAGUCACAAAGGAAAGACCAUUAAGGUGGGCUUGAAACGGCCAGGUGGGCCAGUCACUCCUAAAUCACCCUCAAAAAUUCAAAAAGUUCAAGAUGGACAUCCUGCAAACCAAACCGUAAACCCACCUGUCCCGGUGUCCCCGACUGUCAGCAGAAAACUGUCAUCUGAUUCUGGUCCAGGUGUCAAGUCAGUCCAGUCUCCUCACCCUCCGAAAAAGACACAAAAUCUUCCCAUUCCGGUAAACAAAACAAAUACACCUGUGACAAACAGCCAAGGAGAAGAGGAGCAAGAGAAAGUCAAGAUCAAGAAGCUGGAGAAGAUCCAGCAAAGACACAAGAGCAGAAACUCUAGGAGUAUCUCGAUAGAGGAGCCGCAGCUGUUUAUCCCUGAUAAUGCCCCUGUGGUGAAGAAGGAAGCUGAGGGCGACCCUCCUCCUGAAAGCGAGACUGUGUGGGAUCCCAGCAAGCACUGUGGAUUAUGCAAGAAACCUCACAACAACCGGUUCAUGGUGGGCUGCGGCCGCUGUGAUGACUGGUUUCAUGGGGAUUGUGUUGGUCUGGAUCUGUCUAAAGUGCAGCAGAUGGAAAAGGAGGACCAGGAGUAUGUGUGUUUGAAGUGCUGUGCAGAAGAGGAUGGGAAAUCCGGUGCUCAAGCCAAAGAGCAGUCAGAUGAUAAGUUAUCUGCUAAACAAAAACAGAGACCCCAGCAGUCGGUCACCGCAGGUGGAAUACGACCCUUCCGAAAAGAUGUUGGAGAACGACGACCGUCAGAAGAUUCAGCAUCAAAGGGACCAAGUGUGAAGCAUGAGUCGAAGAAAGUUAAAAUCUCACCUGUGUCCUCAAAGAAACCGUCCACUGGACAAAUAAGGCGAAGUGUUCGGGACUCGCUGGAGGAGAUUCUUUUGAAACGACUGAAGGACGCCGAUUUGAAGAUUUCAUUGGACAAGCCUGCUGAGUUGGCCAGAAGAACGGAGAAAGAGCUUUUUGCUCUUUUUCAGGGUGUUGACAGCAAAUACAAAAAUAAAUACAGAAGUUUGACUUUCAAUCUGAAAGAUGCAAAAAAUCAUGUGUUAUUCAAGCGAGUGCUCAAGGGGGAAGUUUCCCCUGCAGAUUUGGUGCGUAUGACUGCAGAAGAGCUGGCCUCUAAGGAACUGGCUGCUUGGAGACGAAGAGAGAAUCGACAUACGAUUGAAAUGAUUGAGAAAGAACAGAGAGAGGCAGAGAGACGUCCUAUCACUAAAAUCACCCAUAAAGGGGAAAUUGAAAUUGAGAAUCAGGAGCCUGCCAAGGCACCAGAGGCCAUAGAGGUUGAGCCAGAGCCUGUGCCGAAAGCUGCAGAAGUGCCUGAAGAAAAACCCGAGACUAAAGCUGACAGUCCUAAGAAAUCUAUAGAUACCACCAACUUGCACAAGUCUCAUCUAUUUGACCUCAACUGCAAAAUCUGCACAGGUCGCAUGGCUCCACCUACAGAGGAAGCUGCUACAAAGGUGGUAAAAGUGGCUACAACAGUUGUGAGGAGGCAGUCUAGUAUGACAGAUGAAUCUCAGCACUCCACAACUACACCUACAUCAGCACUGAUGGACGAUCUAUCUUUAAGGGCCAUGGAGGAAGGCCUCCUUAAUUUUUUGCCCGAAUCCAGGUCAGAUAGUCUGAGUAGCAAAGAAGAUACAGCUACUUUCCUCAGCAGUUUUGAAAGCCUGUGGGGCGGCUUUGUUGAUAUGCCAGCUGUGGCGAGGUUUCUAACAAAAGCUUAUCCUGUCUCUGGAAUACUGGACCACCUAACUCUGGAUUUGCCGGACAACUUCCAAGUAGGUGGACGUAUCUCCCCUCAAAUAGUCUGGGAUUAUGUCGAGAAAAUCCGUGCUUCUGGGACAAAGGAAAUAUGCGUUAUUCGUUUCACCCCCGACAACGAGGAAGAUGAGAUCUCGUAUACUUUGUUGUACGCCUAUUUUAGCAGCCGAAGAAGAUAUGGAGUUGUUGCCAACAACCGCAAACAAGUUAAAGACAUGUAUCUCAUUCCUCUCGGCUCCACAGAAAAAAUUCCUCACCAGAUUGUUCCGUUUGAUGGUCCAGGACUGGAGACCAAUCGUCCCAAUCUUCUUCUCGGAUUGGUAAUUCGCCAGAGACCGAAAAGGGACUUUGGGGUAAUCCUGCCAAGCGAUGUCAGUGAAGCUCCAAGCUUCUUGGCAGAAAGCAAACCUCAUGUCGAUUACCCACAGAAAGCGCCUGUGGCUCAAGACGUGGAGCAAAGUUUUGUCAGCGUUUUGGGGAGCACGCAGGAAAAAGAAACUGCAGACUUAAUUAAGUCAGUCAUCGAAGAACCGAUAUUGAAUACGGAGACCGAUGAGAAUGUUUGUUUGCGCUUUCUUCCCGGGGUGCUGAAGUUGCCUGGAAAUGCGGCAUCGUCUUCGAGCGACACUGUAAAGAGUGAUUCUACAAUAACUGUGUCCAAGACUCCAACUGUUGACAGUGGAAACCAUGUAGCAAUCCAUCCUAAACCUACAGCCAGCGCUCCUCGACUUGACCGCUUCAUUAUCAAGAAAAAAGACCCCAAAGCUGUUAAAACAGAGCAGGCUCCAUCCAGCUCGAGUCUGGAGACCAGCUCAGAAAAGAAAGAGAGUGGAGUCAUACUUUCUCUGAGUGACAAACCUGCAGAUGUUUCAACCGAGAGUUUCCUCUCUUCUCUCACGGCCACUAAACCCAAAGAGGAGUCCGUGUCCGGCAGCACAGCUGCACCAGCUAGUCAAGAAACAAGAGAAACCACUUCAUCAGAUGCAUCAAAAUAUUCUGUUAGUGACAGCUCUUGCUCUGUCCCCAAAAACGAAACCGUAUCAAGUCCCACCAAGACUUUAAAGACAUAUCCUGGUAUUUUAAAGACAUCAGCUGAACCUCCCGAGUUAAAACAGCAACAACCAGAAAGUAAUUCAGAAAAGAAAGUUACUCAGCAGCCAUCAGCGCAACCCUCUCAAGAGUGCAAAGACAUAGAGGACAUCCAAGCCAUCACCACAGUCUCCUCUAUUGGGAAAAACGAAGGUCUUAAGCAAUCCAGGACCUCUUCUUUUAACCCUAAAGUAUAUAAUCCAGCCCCCAUUUUUCAUUCGUAUCACGCCGGUCCACCUGAUCCACAAUAUUAUCCUCCUCCAGCCAAUCCUACCCCUUACUUACCCCUUCAACCACAGGUUCCACCGCCUUUCCCAUUUCCUCCUGGUCCACCUCCCCCACAGAUGUUCCCUCCAAGCAAUCCUCACAUGCUCGCUUCACCUUGGCCUCAAACCGUCCCUCCCCAAACGCACCCUGCACCACCACCUCUGAUGUAUGAGUCAAGCUUGCCGAGUUCUUCGCCCCUCAGCAAAGAUGAGAAGGGUUCGGAGAAGUCAUGUGGUGACUUGGGCGACAAGCCGUCCAGACGGUCCGAUGAGACCUACAGGAAGGACAAUAGAGAAAGAGACCACCAUGACAGACACCAUCACAAAAGCAGGCACUACGACAGGGACAGCGAAAAGCACAGGGACAGAAGUCACAGUCAUAAAGAGCGCCACUCGAAAGAGGACAAGUAUGAAAAACCGAGAGAGCGGCACCACAGCAGCAGUCAUUACCGGGACAGGGACAAACACAGACGGGAUUCUGAUUAUGAGAAACACAGGAGAGACUCGAGAGACAGACGCUCGUGAUCUUGGCAUGGAAUCGCUCCACUUUCCUUAAAUUUGUAAAAUGGUAGAAGAAAACUAUUUAUAAAGUUGCAAAAUGAUUUUUAUAUGGAAAAGCAGCUAGUACGAGAUUUUCAGUUGGUGUUUUUUUUAGUAAUCUAAACAAUAUUUGUUUUGUUUUAAAAUGUAUAUUUUCCCUACCUGGCUUUUCAAUUAACCACUAACAUUGUCUUCACAAGCAGCUGGUUGUAAUCAAGAAAAUGAAACUACUGUUGUACGCAAACUGCCAUGAGACAAAACAUCUCAUGGUUGAUGAGAACAGCUUCUUUUGCUUCACUUUUUAUUCUUCUGUUUUAAUUUUUCUAAAUUUGGCUUCUUAAGUAUUUUCUAUGUUUCAGGUGACAAAUAUUUCUUUGUACAUUUUUGCUCGUCACAAAACAGAAAUGUGCAUAUUCAGCACAUUGUGUUUAUGUACAGUUCAUAAUAAAAUAUUUUUAUUGUUAGUAAAGCGACUGAAAUGAAAGUCUUUGUUUCAUAAA